UUGCAGAUAUCCAAAAAUUAUCUUGGACGUUGUAUAUUCGAGUAUCCAAAAUUUGGGAUUCAGUUUAAGGUUUUCAAAAACCGAAAGGUGUCGAAGUGAGAAAAAAAAACAAGAAGUUCACAAAACCAAACCUCCCAUUACCUGUAUCUUUUGCAACGAGCUCAUAUGGCGGCAUCAUCAUCAUCCGACGUGCAGUCCCGACCACAUCAGCAUCAAGUGUUCAUCAACUUCAGGGGAGACCAGCUGCGAAACCAAUUCGUCAGCCAUCUAUACACGGGUCUGAGAGGGGCGGGGAUCAACGCCUUCAUGGACGUGAAAGACGGGGCCGGAAAGAGCAUAGAUGACCUCUUCAAGAGGAUCGAGGAGUCGAGGAUAGUUCUUGCCGUCUUCUCAAGCAGGUACGCUGAAUCCAAAUGGUGCUUGAACGAGCUGGUGAAGAUGAAGGAGCGCAUGGACGAAGGCAAGCUCGUAGUCAUCCCAAUCUUCUACAAGCUGAAGCCAUCCGACGUGAAACAUCUCGAGGGAGAGUUCGGGCGAUGCUUCGUGGAGCAGGUUAGAAGUCAUGCCGACAAGGUCCAUCAGUGGAAACAAGCGCUGGUGGCUGUUCUGAAAUACAGAGGCUUGAUUUUGGACCAGGGGAGCGACGAGGGCAGAUUCGUAAACGAUAUCAUCGAGGAGGUGACGAACGCGCUAACCAACAUCUCGACUGCGGAAACAGGGAAUACUUGCUCCAGUACUAACACUCUCGCAGAUGUACCCCCAACGGGAGGAGGACGAGGACAAUCUCCUGUUGAAACUCGUCAACCUUCCUUUGGACUAGAAGCCUCUCUCCGACAACUGAAAGAAAUAGUGAACAUUUGUUCCGACAAAACUCGUCUUGUAGGUAUUGUCGGGAUGCCUGGCAUUGGCAAAACCACUCUCGCAAAGAUUCUGUUCGAAGACUGUCAACAGAACUUCAUGCAGAAAGUAUUCAUGGGAGAUAUUUCUGAUUCCCGUAAGUCGCGGGUGGAAUUCUUGAAAGAACUAUGGAAGAGCAAUCCUCAGACGGGACAAGACAUGGCGGUUUCUCCCGAAUCCUUGAACGCUAUGUUGCGUGCAAGAAAAGCCUUCGUCGUUCUUGAUGGCAUCAGUGACUGGAAACAGGUGGAACAUUUCCUCGGGGAAUGCAACUGGAUCAGCAGCGGGAGCAGAAUUGUCAUUACGACAAGGGACAUGUCAGUGAUCGAGGGAAAAGUCGACGAUACCUAUGUCGUGCCAAGAUUGAACGAGGGAUUUGGCUUACAGUGCUUCCACUACUAUGCCUUCGAUGAUCAUAACUGUGAUCCCUCGGGAAACUUCAUGAAGCUGUCAAGAGACUUCGUGGACUGCACCAAAGGUCACCCGCUUGCUCUCAAGAUUUUGGGCCGCGACCUUUGCAGGAAAGAUGAGAGUCACUGGAAAGAGAAACUGGCUAAAUUGGUGCACAGUAGUGACAACUCGAUUCAAGAGAUCUUUGAAAUAAGUUGCAAGGAACUGAUCGAGAAGCAGAAAGAUGCCUUUCUCGACAUAGCUUGUUUCUUUAGAUCGAUGGAUGAGGGCUACACAAGCAGCUUACUGGAUUCCUGUGAUGCUGAGAGUGACAUAAGAGUUCUGGCUGAUAAGUUCCUCAUCAAUAUAUCUGGUGGCCGAGUAGAGAUGCACGAUCUGCUGCAUAAGUUUGGCAUGGAACUUGGCUCAAUGGGGAAGCGUGUGCUUUGGAGCCUAAUAGACCUCCUCAGUGUGCAGAACAGAAAAGUGGAAAGGUGUAGUGUGAGAGGCAUUUCUUUAGACAUGUCUAAAGUGAAUAGAAUCCCCUUGGACAGAGGGACCUUUGCCAAGAUGAACAAGCUUCGGUACCUCAAAAUCUAUAAUUCUUACUGUCAUCGGGAAUGCGAAGCUUCAAGUGCAUUACACUUCCCCGAUGGGCUUGAUCAGUUCAUAAUGGAAGAGCUACGGUAUCUCCAUUGGCUUAAUUUCCCAAUGGAGGAACUUCCCCGAGAGUUCAACCCCAAGAACCUCAUCGACCUCAGGCUGCCUUACAGCAAGAUCACACAAGUUUGGAAUGGUGUUAAGGAUACACCAAAGUUGAAGUGGGUCGAUCUCAGUCACUCAACUAAGCUGUCAAACCUCUCUGGAUUAUUAGGCUCAGAGAAUCUUCAAAGAUUGAAUCUUGAAGGCUGCACAACUUUGGAUAAGUUGCCGAAUAUGAAUAGCAUGAAAAGUCUCGCCUACCUGAACUUGAGAGGAUGCACGAGCCUCCAGUCUCUUCCAAAAAUGUCGUUGGUCUCGCUGAAAACUCUCAUCCUCAGCGGCUGCUCUAAUCUCAAGGAAUUUCGGCCAAUUUCCAAAAAUCUAGAAACAUUGUACUUAGAUGGCACAGCAAUAGUAGAACUUCCCCCAACCAUUAAGAACCUCCAGAGACUCAUCUUGCUAAAUAUGAAAGACUGCAAGAUAUUAGAGCGCCUUCCUGAUUGUCUGGAUGAACUGAAAUCUCUUGAACAACUAAUCCUCUCUGGUUGCUCAAAGCUCAAUAGUUUUCCGGUGAUCAAGCAGGACAUGAAAGGUUUGAAGACUUUACUGCUCGACGGGACAGCAAGUGAUCUAGGGAAACCAAAUAGGUCUGAAGGCCAAGUUUUGUGCGAAUGGCCACGCGACAUUAAUGCCCUAUCCUCCCUGCAGCGUUUAUGCUUAAGUGGAAAUAACAGUAUCAGCUACCUGCAACACGACAUCAGCCAACUUUAUCAUCUGAAAUGGCUCGACUUGAAUUACUGCAAGAAUCUCGCAUCCCUCCCUACGCUCCCACCAAAUCUCGAGUUCUUAUACGCAAUUGGGUGUAAAAAACUGAAGAGGGUCGCCAGUCCUCUAGCCCUUCUCGCGCCCACUGAGCAGAUCCCUUCCACCUUCAUCUUUACAAACUGCAACAAUCUGGAGCAAGCGGCAAAGUAUAGUAUAUCAUCCUACGCUCAAAGAAGAAGCCAGUUAGAUGCACUUAAAUGCCAUGAUGGGGGUGUUGUAUCGAAGUCUCUGUUCCGCUCUAGCUUUCCUGGAUGUGAAAUACCUUCAUGGUUCUCUCACCAAGCGGUCGGGUCAGUGUUAGAACCGAAGCUACCCCCACAUUGGUGCGACGGCAGGCUUACUGCAGUAGCUUUGUGCGCCGUUGUUUCAUUUCAGCAACCUCGCAAUCAAGUCAACCGUAUCUCUGUGGAAUGCAACUGUAAGUUCAAAAACGAAGACGGGUCCUGUAUCGUCUUCCGUUCCACUCUUGGGGGCUGGAUCCAACCACCCGGCGAGGGGCUCGAGAUGGAGUCCGACCACAUCUUUAUGGGCCACACGUGUUGCUUGAAUAUCGGAACAAGUCUCAGAGAGAAGCACUCUCGCAAAUGCGUUCCUACAGAGGCAGUGAUUGAAUUCAAUGUCGUGAGAGAUGAUGGUACAAGCGAAGUGGAAGGAUGCCAAGUGGUGAAUUGUGGCUUAAGUUUGGUGUAUGCAGAGCCAAACAAUGUCCCAGGUGAACAGAACCCAUAUGGAAGUUCAAGAAGAGACGUUGUGUCCGAGGAAAACAACAGGCCGCGUUGGGGUUACGGCUUCAGUUUUAUGGGUCUCUGACUCCGACAAUAUUAAAUCCUUUAGUUUCCAAAGUUUGUACUUUUUCUGAAUCAGAGUUUCUGCGAAGAAACAACAUUACAGGAAAGCAGUUAUUCUUCA